AGAUAAGUCAAAUUACAGGCAUAAAACUUACAUUUGAACGAAAUGGUUUAACACAUAGACUGAACACUGCCAAAAAGGAUACACAAUUAUAUGGAUACCAUUUCAAAACCCAGUAUAACUGCUUGUUUUGAGGUCGUAUUCUAGUUUAUAAUGUGUUUUAUUAGCCAGAUAACAUCCCAUAAACUGAAUUCAACACAUUACUAGAGAGUGGAGACCCACACCAGAGACCAUAGUUUCCAUUAAAACCAUUAAUUUUUUUCCAGCAAGAGAAGUAAUGCUGAAAGGAUAUUAUUGAUAAUUAUACCACGGGGCUGUUGAAUGCUUCAUUCUGAUUGGCUGACGAACGUUCGACGGGUGUGCAUUAUUUUUCAGUUAAACGCACACCUAUGAAGGUGUUCCAGGUCUGCUGACCGCAUUACAGUUCCACAUCACUUCGCCAUGUUUAGCCUACUGUCCGCCAUUGAAUAUGUAUCUAACAACAGACAAAGUGACUGGCAAAUUCCAUUGUCUUUGAAGAAAUAACUAUUAAUAUUUAUGGACAGCAUGAACAUUUGAACAACAAUGGCGAGAGCACUGUACAGGACUGUUCAGACGAAAAACUAAAGCAUUUAUCAAAGGUAACGGCAAACUACAUGACACAAUCAGCGGGUUAAAGAUAAAACACGAAGCACAAAAAUAACAACAAAAACAACAUGUUAAAUUCGUCUGUGGAAUGGGUAAACGGGACUUAAAACACACAGCAGGAAGCUUUCUAUGCCAUUACCACCUCGGGGUGUGCAUUAACUUUCGAUAAUUGAACGGCCCGUCGUCAAUUAUUCCUUACAUAUAGAUCAGAAGCACGCCAAAUAGGCUAGUGUGCGCAGGCAGCUAAUCGGAUUACAUCUAUGUGACGAGGAACCACAUAUAUGCUAGCAUACAUCAUUUACUGUCCACUACUGCAGAAUAAACGCUUCAUUUCACAUUGUGUUCUUGCUCUCAUUUAAAAUGCCUCUGUUUAUUAAUCGAGACCAGAUAUUUGCGCAUCAAGUCCACCUUUUAGAGCAUAAACUACGGAAUAAGGAGGACCACAUAUUGGAGUUGGAAACAGAGAAUGCUCUCCUUCACCUGAGACUCGCUGAGUCUUUGGCCAAACUUCGAUAUGAAAGGAAUGAGGACAUCCGUGUCCAGAAACAGAAGCAUCAGCAGAGACAAGUGCAGAAGUCCACACAUGUGGCUCUCUCCAAACUUCUGUAUGAAGUUAAGGUGCUCAAACAGGACUUGAGGGAUGUCUUUACAAUCUCCAAGGGGUUUGCCAAAGAACUGGAGGAUCAAAGCAGACAGCUUUUGAAAUGUGUGGGAACAGCCAGAAAUGGUAUCCAGGAUCACCAAAGUGAUAUUCAUAAGCUGCAGGAUCAGGUAGCGGCUCUUGAACACACUUUACAUGAAGAGCAGCAGAGGUACAGAGAGGAGAGAGUGAGGAGGAGACUGCUCCACAACACUUUGGUUGAGCUGAGGGGCAAUAUAAGAGUUCACUGCAGGGUCCGUCCAAUUCUACCUAUUGAUCACAGCCCAGGAUCCCCCACAUCUAAUGGCAUAUCAUCAUGUGAAGCAGUGAUCCAAGCUGUCAAUGAUGACUCUGUACUUGUAAACUGCGUCAAAACCUCGAGUCCUGUAAUGAACAAAAUAUUUGAGUUUGAGAGAGUACAUGGUCCAGAUGAUGAUCAAGAGACUGUGUUUGAAGAAGUGAAGCCUCUUCUGACCUCUCUGCUUGAUGGGUUUAAUGUGUGUAUUAUGGCAUAUGGGCAGACGGGCAGUGGAAAGACACACACGAUGAUCGGCUCGCAGUCUGAAGGCCCCACAGCUACAGUGAAGGACUCUCAACAGGGCAUCAUUCCAAAAGCAGCCGAUGAACUAUUCAAGCUGAUCUCAGAGAAACCUGCAGACAGUCAUACAGUGGAGAUGUCAGUGGUGGAGGUUCAUAAUAAUGAGGUUCUGGACCUGCUGGCCAGAGAUGAAGAUGGUGAAGUAGUCGGGGUGAAGAGAGAGGUUAUCACCACCAGCACAGGCACCAGUGACGUGCCCUGUUUAACAUAUGAGCUGGUACGGAGUUCAGCAGAGGUGAUGCAGCUGAUCAACUCUGUGUUAAAACUAAGAGCUCACAGUCCCACCAUGGUGCACAGAGACUCUUCGAGAUCUCAUUUCAUCGUCACUCUCACCGUCACCUCCAAAAGCCCUGAUGCACUGACACUGGCUCGCACGCUUCAGAGUACCAGACAGGAUGUCCGAAGGGUGUCCCAGAAGGAAUGGUGGAGCCCGCGUUGCCGCAGGGCCGCCUCUUCUCGCACAUCUAGCCCCGCCUCUUCACCGUACCACUCCCCCUGUCACUCACCGUGCCCCUCUCCCCGACCCAGCAUCGCACAGACUCCCCUCAAGACCAAGCUGCAGUUAGUAGACCUGGCUGGGAGUGAGUGUGUGGGGAUGUCAGGUGUGACAGGUGCAGCUCUAUGGGAGAGCUCCUGUAUAAAUCGCAGUCUCUCGGCUUUGUCUGAUGUUCUGGGAGCUUUAGCUGAACAACGACCUCACGUACCCUACCGCAACAGCAAACUAACACAUCUGCUCCAGGACGCCAUAGGAGGGGAUGCCAAGCUUCUGAUAAUGCUGUGUGCGUCUCCCACUCAACGCUUUCUCACGGAGUCCCUUCAGUCUCUGGGCUUCGGUGCCAGAGCCAGACAGGUCCAGAGAGAACCGCCACGCAGAAAAAACACAGCUCUGAAGAUGAAGUAACCUACAGAGAAAUGACCAACAGGGAGAUGCAUUUGAUGUAAAAGACCACAGAGGGAAAUGCAUAUACAGUUUUAUUUGUAUGCAUAUUGGUCAUAUAAUGAUGGGCACAUACAUGAUUCUUUGCUGUAUGGUGACAGAUGAGACUUGGACAUAUACAAUUUUAUAAAUCAGAAAUAGUGGUUGAUUCCAUAGUGACUUAGAAAUGAUAUCUUUCUGACAUUGUCUGGUUCAUACUGCUACUUGUUAAUGUUUCUCUGAAAUAUGUUUACAGUUAGGCUACUCGGUCUAACGUCACAGGAUUACGUAUACAAUUAUCCAUUAGUUUGUGCUAUAGUAUUAAAUUAUAAUGCAAAAUGUAUGGCUUUUAAAGAUUGUAUGUAACCUGACUGUUGUUCUUAUAUUUUAUUUCAAAUUAACAUUACAUUACUCAACGUAUUUAACAU